GACGGCGGCGGCGGCCGCCGGAGGAAGAAAAGCCCGGAUGUGCCCAGUGUCGCCAUGAGCUGGGCUCGCGUCAGGAGGAGGAGAGGAGGAGGCGGAGGCGCCGCCGCCGCCUCCCCUUUCUUUCCGCCCCCUGCUCGAGGCUCGGGCGGUGAGUACAACAAAGCAGGAGACAGAGGAGCGCCUGGCCCGGGGGGGGGGGUGCUCACACAAAGGGUGCGCGGCCCUCCGCCGCCGUGGGAGCAGAUGCCUCCGAUCAGCUGCCCUGGCACGCCGCUUCCUGCUCCUCGCGGAGGAGAGGGCGGCGGCGGGAUCCCCCUCGCGACGGCCCGUGGCCCUUCUGCACGGGGGGACCGGCCCCGCAGUGCACGCGGGCGCCUGUCCUCAAGCGAGCUGCAGCGCGCGCAUUACGGGGCUUCCCGUUCGGGGCCGCCGCGCUUUCACCUGAACUCGGAGAGCCCAAUCAGAAGAUCUACCAAGCUAGUUACUUGGAAGGAGUUACUAUUACUCCGCCUACAUGAGGUGGCAUGUGGCUAACAUCAAACACCUGCUGGACUAUUGAUUAAGUGGAUUAUAUUAUAAAUUCAAUUAUAAAUAAAAAAAUUAAUAAAGUUCUUGUGAUUUUUUGACAAA